CACCCAGCCUUAUAAUACACUCGCAUCUUUCCUUGUGCUCCUAAAUCAAUACUGAUUGUACACUUCUUCUUCUUCAUUCUUCAAUCAUCUUUGCCUUGAUUUUGUUGAAUUAAGAUGGAGAAUGACGGAAUCAGGUGCUUGAAGAAACUCUUUCACACUUCCAUUGUGGUUCUACUUUUUCUACAAUGUUUCAACCCUUCCCUAUCCUCUGGAUUCUAUAAUGUUUCUUUCGGUUUCGGAGCAAUUGGCCACCGGGUGGUGACGAGGUGCAUAGAGAGUGAAGGGGAAGCACUCCUUUCUUUCAAACAAGGUCUGAUUGAUGACUACAAUCUCCUCUCCUCCUGGGGAAGAGAAGAACACAAGCAAGAUUGUUGCAAAUGGCUUGGCAUCCACUGCAGCAACCGAACCAACCAUGUUGCUCAACUUGAUCUUGGAUGGAAUCAUAUGAAUGAAGUUUACUCACUUCAACAGAAAGAACAGCAGGAGUAUCCCGAAUAUUACUUUCAAGGUAAAAUGAUGAGUCCUAAACUAAUUGAGUUGAAGCAUUUGAAAUAUUUGGACUUUUCUUCCGUUAACUUCACUGGGACCCAGCUUCCAGAUUUCAUUGGUUCUCUUUCCAAUUUAAGACACCUCGGUCUCUGGGAUGCUUCUUUUGGUGGUCGAAUUCCAACUCAGAUCGGAAACCUUACCCACUUGCAAUAUCUUGAUCUCAGAUCCAAUCACUUUGCUAAUAUAGAAAACCUGAAUUCAUGGUUGCCUCGUCUUUCUUCUUUAAUAUAUUUGGACCUGAGUUUCAACAAUCUUAGUAAUGUUCCUGACUGGUUGGAAAUAGUUAGUAAGCUCCCUAAACUUACAAACUUGUCUCUGUCUUCUUGCAGUCUUCCAUCUCCUCUAAUUCAUUCCAGUACUCUUUUUAACAUAAAUUCUUCUAAAUCUCUUGCUCAUGUUGAUCUCAGUUACAACCAACUCACAUCUUCUUCCAUAUUUCUUUGGUUGUCCAAAUACAAUGCCAGCCUUGUUCAUCUUGAUCUCAAAUACAAUAACUUUGCUAAUGUAGAAAAUCUGAAUUCAUGGCUGCCUCAUCUUUCUGCUUUAACAUAUUUGGACCUGAGUUACAGCAAUCUCAGUAAUGUUCCUGACUGGAUGGAAGCAGUUAAUAAGCAUCCUAAACUUACAAACUUGUCUCUGUCUAAUUGUGGUCUUCCUUCUCCUCUAAUUCAUUCCAGUACUCUUUUUAACAUAAAUUCUUCUAAAUCUCUUGCUCAUGUUGAUCUCAGUUACAACCAACUCACUUCUUCCAUAUUUCUUUGGUUGUCCAAAUAUAAUUCCAGCCUUGUUCAUCUUGACCUCUCUUACAACCAGUUAACUGGCUUAUUUCCCGAUGUCAUUGGAAACAUGAGCUCUCUUGCAUAUCUAGAUCUCUCUUCUAACCAAUUUGAAGGGGUGAUUUCAGAAAGUCAUUUCUCGGGUCUCUCCAGAUUAAGAUCUUUGUAUCUGUCCUCUACCUCACUAACUUUAAACUUCCAUUCUAAAUGGGUUCCUCCCUUCCAAUUGGAUUAUAUAAUCUUGGGGUCUUGCAAGAUGGGUCCACAUUUUCCAAAUUGGCUUCAAACUCAGAAAAGUUAUUGGAGCCUUGAUAUUUCUAAUGCAGGAAUUUCUGAUAUCCUUCCAAGUUGGUUUUGGGAAAGGCUGUCUCAUGCUCGUGAAAUUGGUUAUGUAGAUCUCUCCAACAACCAAAUCAGAGGAACAAUUCCAAACUCGCAAAUCAAUUUUGUAUGUUUCUCUCGUCAACUAAAUUUGAGUUGGAACCAAUUGGAAGGUCAAGUCCCUCCUUUCCUAUUGAAAGCCUCGUCAUCCCUCUUUCUCUCCCACAAUAAAUUUUCAGGGUUGUUUUCUUUCUUGCUUCCAGUUAACGCAAGUCAUUUAAGAUUGCUUGAUCUCUCGAGCAACCAUUUACAUGGAGAACUUCCCGAUUGCUGGACUCAUUUCAAAAAUCUUUUAAUUCUUGAUUUGAGUGACAACCGUUUUUUUGGGAGACUUCCUACCACAAUGGGCUCUUUAUUAUCAAUUCAAACAUUGAACCUAAACAAUAAUGGAUUUGUGGGAGAAUUGCCUUCAUCUUUGGAGAACUGUACAAGUCUCAUGGUUUUUGAUGUUGGAGAAAAUAAAUUAUCAGGUUUGAUACCUAAAUGGUUAGGGGUUGGACUUCCAAAUUUGACUAUCCUUAUCCUCCGUUCUAAUCACUUCUAUGGAAGCAUUCCAUCACAGUUGUGUAAUAUGGGAAGCAUUCAAAUUUUGGAUUUCUCGAUGAAUAACAUCUCCGGAAGUAUACCCAAAUGUCUCAACAGUUUGACUAAUUUGGCUCUAAGAGGAAGUUCAAGUCUAACUAUCAGUCAUUACUAUAAUGUAUCCUCGAGUGGUCUCGCUUUUCUGUAUGACGACGAGGCAUCCUUGAUAUGGAAAGGCAUAAUGUCCAAAUACAAAAGUACUUUGGGGCUUGUAAAGAGUAUUCAUCUAUCAAGUAACCGAUUAACGGGGGAGAUUCCUAGUGAAAUCACUGAUCUUGUGGGGUUAGUUUUUUUAAACCUGUCAAGAAACAACUUAACAGGUCAAAUAACUCCAAAAAUCGGGAAGUUGCAAUCUUUAGAUUUGCUUGAUUUGUCAAACAACCAAAUACAUGGUACAAUUCCAACAAGUCUUUUCGGAAUAUCUGGCCUUGGUAAGUUGGACUUGUCCAACAACCACCUGUCUGGAAAAAUUCCCAUGGGGUCUCAGCUUCAAACCUAUGAGCCCUCUGUUUUUGCGGGAAAUCCUCUCCUUUGUGGAAUUCCACUUCAGACGUGUUUUCCUGAGGAAACAACGCCGGCAGAGCAACCAGUGGUUAAGAAUCAAGAUGAAGAUAAUGACGGGUUUAUAACAACUGGAUUUUACGUGAGUUUGGGGCUUGGAUUUGUCGUUGGAUUCUGGGGAGUUUGUGGGAGUUUGAUAUUGACAGGUCAUGGAGAUACACAUACUUCAAGCUCUUGAAUGGUUUAAAUGAUUGGCUUUAUGUCAAGGUGGCAUUGCUCAAGCAACGAAGAAUGCUCGAUGAAUAAGCUCUCGUCCAUCGGCUUCUUUGGUACGACAUGCUAACCCUUUCGGCUUUCGGUUUGAGAAGGAGCCUGAAGAAGAAGAAUGCAAUAACUUUUAAGUUGUGGUGGAAUUUCUCCAAAUUCAUGAGUGGGAAAUGUAUUUGGUUCAUUGUCGAGUUGUAAUUUUACACAAGUAUUUAUGGUUUUAGUUUCAAUUUUUCCCAAUUUGUUAUGAAUUAAUGGAUGAAUA